AUGAAUGCAUGUCAGAUGAAAGUGUUUCCCCCUGGGGAAGGUGAUGACACAAAGGUGUGUGUAAAGGUACCAGGUCCAACUCUGACAUAUCAGAACAUUCACUACUUUGUUCGAGAAAGUCGGGGACCAUGCCGCAAAAGAGGACCUGAGAGAGACAUCCUUAAAAAUGUCAGUGGAAUCAUGAAGACAGGAAUGAACGCAAUCAUGGGUGCAACAGGAAGUGGCAAAACAUCGUUGUUAGAUGUGAUUGCUGGUAGGAAGGAUCCUCGUGGUUUGCGUUCUGGUCAAGUUCUAGUUGACAACAAGGUUGUGACCUCUGAGCUACGGCUCAUGUCCGCCUAUGUUGUACAGGAUGAUAUCCUGAUGGGCACUCUGACUGUGAGAGAGAAUCUCUUAUUCUCUGGAAAUCUGCGGUUGCCAAGGAAACAGCAUUCCACCAUUGAUAAGAAAAAAAAAAUAGACAGCAUCAUUCAAGAGCUUGGAUUGGAGGACUGUGCAGACACUAAGAUUGGGACAGAGUUCAUAAGGGGUGUAUCAGGAGGAGAAAGGAAGCGUUGUAGCAUUGGUAUGGAGCUCAUAACAUCUCCUACUCUUCUGUUCCUGGAUGAGCCAACCACAGGCCUCGACUCCUACACCGCAAACAGCAUCAUUUCUCUCUUGCACAAGUUAUCACAGGGUGGUAGAACUAUAGUUUUCUCUAUCCAUCAGCCACGUUAUUCCAUCUUCAAGCUGUUUGAUCACCUGACACUGCUCCAUAAAGGAGAGACAGCUUACAUUGGCCCUGCAGACAAAGCCAUGGACUACUUCCAGAGUCUAAGUUAUACGUGUGAAGCCUUCAACAACCCUGCUGAUUUCUUUCUGGACAUAACAAAUGGGGAGACUUCUCCUUCAGUGCCAACAGAGAAGUCAUUAGCAGAGAUCUUCAGGGAAUCUCAGUACUAUAAUGCUGUCACUGAAGAGCUGAAGAGUAUCACAGGCUCAACAGAUUCCCCAUUUGGAGCCAAGAACAAGACACCAUCAUAUGCCACAUCCUUUUUCUACCAGUUGAAGGUGGUGUGUUGGAGGACAGUGCUGAAUGUUGUCAGGAAUCCUCAGACGUCAUAUGCACAGAUGGCUCUGAACAUCUUUUGUGCACUGCUGAUAGGCCUCAUAUACUUUCAGCUGCCUUCUAGUCUUCCUGAAGCCUUACAGAACAGGAUUGGAGCUUUCUUUUUUCUCAUCAUCAACAUGGUGUUUGGGAACCUGUCAGCAGUGGAGCUCUUCAUCAAUGAAAGAGCGAUCUUUGUGCACGAGAACUCUGGAGGAUAUUACCGAACAUCUGUGUAUUUCCUGUCCAAGGUGUUUGUGGAUUUGUUACCAAAUCGCAUCAUACCGAUUUUCAUCUUCUCCUGCAUUUCAUAUUAUAUGAUGGGGUUGAAACCAGCAUUUACAGCCUUCCUGUGCUUUGCAUUGACCAUGUCAAUGGUCAGUCUGGCAGGAGUCAGUUUGGCCUUCCUGGUCAGUGCCAGCGUCAGCUCAUUCGCCAUGGCCAAUGUCCUCAUCGCUCUGCCGUUUGUCUUCAUGAUGGUAUUUGGAGGGUUCCUCGUGAAUCUGAACUCCAUGCUCAGCUGGUUGUCCUGGCUCAAGUGGGCCAGUAUCUUCAAAUAUGGAUUAGAUGCUGUGACAAUAAAUGAAAUGAAAGGGCAAAUUUUCCGCAAUGGGAAUGCUACUCUGACAGGAGAGAUGUAUCUGGAAUCUCAGGGCAUCGACUACAGUGUGUGGGGCUUCUGGCAAAACCAGGUGGCUUUGCUGGGCAUUAUACUGGUGUGUAUGAUAUUUGCUUACAUACAGCUACGGAGGAUCAACCGCUGGAAAUGA